AUGGCGGAAUCCGGCGGGCGAUUCCGCGUGCAGAGCGUGAUGACCGAAAGCGUCGGCAACGUCUCGACGCGGUCCGACGAUCUCACGAAAUCUCAAGUCCUCGCGCAGCCCAACGGAUCCAUCGGUAUAGCCGAUUCGGACAAGACCUCUUUCUCCUUCGUCUUAUGGGCUGUACGAAUUCUCAACGAAAACAUGCUUCUUCUUCUUCUUCAUCCAAUCAUACUUCAGCUCCAUUCGGCUAAUGCGCCAAUCCGAGCUCGUACUGGGCCGGACCAAUUUGUCGAGCUCGAAUGA